AUGCCGAAGAGAAAGAACGAGGAGGAACUCGAGUUGUUGAUGGCGAAACACCUAAAGAAACUCAAAAAAGAUCUUAAACGUAACCGACGUUCUUCCUCGUCCUCUUCGUGCUCCACAUGUUCGUCGUCAAGUUCAUCGUCGUCGGAGGCCGCGUCGAUAAAUCUGGAUUACCAAAAUGACCGAGAUGCAACCGCGCGGGCUUGCGACGACGCGCCGCCGCCGCCACCCCCAGCGCAGGUUGCCGGCCGCUGCAGCGAAGUCGAGCCGAUUGCCGGUCCAUCACAUGAAACCGAGCCAAUCGCUAACCCAUCACACACAAUCGAGCCGAUCGCGGGUCCAUCACAUGCGAUGCCUGUGUAUGCCAAUCUGCCACCUGCAAAUAUGACUGUGGAACCCAUUGAAAUUGAAGAUGAUGAGGUCUGUCAGGCCGAGAUAUUGGAAAUAUUGGGAACCGAUCCAUCGCUGAGUCAAGAAUAUGGCGAAGAUAUUAACAAAGAAGUGGCUAGCAGAUUUGAACACAUAGCCACAUCUGGCUUAGAAAAACAAUCAAGACAAGAGCUACUAGAUAAAUAUUUAGUACCUUCCAAUUGCAUGAAGAUUGCCGCUUCGCAGCUAAAUGCUGAGAUAAAAGCAGCAUCAACUGAAGCUGUCUUAAAAAGGGAUAAAGCUAUUGAGCUGAGGCAAAAGCAGAUCGCGGCAGCAAUUACAGGCGUAGGCCGCAUGCUGACGUCACAAUUAAAGUCAAAGGAUAAGAGCAACAAUAUUUCUAAACAGCUGAUGGAUGUUGCACGCUUACUAUGCGAUAUACAAUACGGUGAAUCGUCAACUCGCAGGAACUUCACGCUGUAUUCACUAAAAAAGGAUUUUAGAGAUCAAUUAGCGAAUACAAAGAUAGAUAGAUACCUGUUUGGUGAAGAUUUGCCAGAGACCUUAAAAACAGCGGAAGCUGUAUCGAAAUCAGGUACAGAUAUUAAGGUGGAUCAACAGAAAUCGAAGCAUAUACCAUCAAAGUUUCCAAAAAAUUUAAACUGGAAGACGGGACCCUCAGCUCGCAAUCAGCCGAAGGGUCCGACACAGAAACAUCAGUCUGCAGCAUCGAGCAAUCGACGCUACGGCCUCGGGCCAAGCACAAUCGACGGCGCUAGAACCGGUACGUUAUGCUGGCAGACUUGCUGA